AUGUUCAAGUGGACUCUGCUUCAGGAGACAGUCUCGCAGUUCUUGGACCAGUACUUUGGUUAUGGCUGGGCGCGCUGGAGAUGUCCGUUUGACUACGUUCCUGACUACACUCGUGGUGAAUACAGCACAUCGGAGUUCGCAGUCCUGACUGCCCAGGUGGAUGACUUCCGAGUGGACGACUUCUUCGAUGUUGAUGAUCUUUGGUCAUGGUGGCUUCCGAUUAAUGGAACCUUCAUCUGGGCAAUGAGCCAGCAGAACGGCCGCUACGUUCAUAUCGGGGACAACUAUGUCUGGCAGCCCGCGGACAAUUUCAACCCAGAGUAUGCCGAGCGCGAAGUCCUGAAGCCGAAUUGGUGCAUACAGUCCAUUCCUGGAAUCCAGAAAUCCUACAUGCAAAUUGGGAAAUGGACUUGCAACCGCAUCGGUGUUGCCACCCCAGAGUUUCGAAAGCGCAAGAUCUUCAUUCUCGAGAUGACCCACGAACCAGGCCGGCACUCCCAGCGCAGGCCAUCUUUGACUUUGAUCAAAGCACCUUGGCUUGACAAAUUUUAA